UGGGUAGAGUAAAUCAAAGUCUUCAAGCCUUCCCUCUUGUCUCUUCUCCGCCCCACCUCCCUCGGUUCUUUUCCUCUCAAGACGCGGCGCCGUGGACGGCGGCGCAUGCUUUUGAGUUUUGACCUGUUUCUAGCUGAAACCAUCUAUUACCAAAUAACAGAAAAGAAAUCAACCUGAAGGACUCUUCCGUGGCGGCCUCCUCCUCCUCCCUUUCUCCGCCGCGCGGGGAUGCCGAUGUUGAGGCUCUUCGCCCUCCUACAUUGGCUGACCCACCGCAGCAAACACCUCAGUCUGACGUCAUGAUUUCAUCUAGGGACCCAGACGCUCUCGUCAGUGGCGGCGGCAUCAGCUUUCUCACCGGAAGUCGAACUGCUGAAUUCAGCUAUGGAUAUUCCAGUUUUAAGGGCAAAAGGCCUUCCAUGGAGGAUUUUUACGAAACGAGGAUAUCUGAAGUUGAUGGUCGAAAGGUUGCCUUUUUCGGUGUUUUUGAUGGUCAUGGAGGUUCGAGAACUGCAGAGUAUCUGAGAAACAACCUUUUUAAGAAUCUAAGCACCCACCCUGAUUUUAUCAAGGACACCAAGACAGCUAUAGUUGAAGCAUUUAAACAAACCGAUGAUGGUUACCUCAACGAAGAGAAAGGCCAGAAAAAAGAUGCUGGUUCAACUGCCUCGACUGCUGUAUUACUCGGUGACCGGCUGCUCGUUGCAAAUGUUGGUGAUUCUAGAGUGGUUGCCUCUAGAUCUGGAUCAGCUGUCCCUCUGUCAGUUGAUCACAAGCCUGAUAGAUCCGAUGAACGCCAAAGGAUUGAAGAUGCUGGAGGUUUCAUCAUUUGGGCAGGGACGUGGCGAGUUGGCGGUGUUCUUGCUGUUUCUCGUGCAUUCGGUGAUAAACUACUUAAACCCUAUGUAGUUGCUGAGCCUGAAAUUCAGGAAGAAGAAAUCGUCGGUGUCGAUUUCAUAAUCAUUGCAAGUGACGGGCUUUGGAAUGUUGUAUCGAAUCAGGAUGCCGUGGCCUCAGUGCAGGAUGUAACCGAUGCCGAGGCUGCAGCAAGGAAACUUAUAAAAGAGGCGUAUGCACGAGGGAGCUCGGACAACAUUACUUGCAUCGUUGUCCGGUUUGACAGCCCGUGAAACCGGUUACAAGUUUGUAACGAAUCCCCAAAUGAUCAUGUUCUUCUAUCUUGUUCAUCGGUUCAUCCGGCGAAGCACUUUCGUAACCGGUUAAUUUGUCCUUUGGCCGGGAAAUAGGACUCUUUUAUGGAUGCAAAUUUUAAAAGCUCAGUUUGGGCAUUGUUCUGAUUGAUUACUGCAAAAAAAAAAGUAUUCAUUUCAUCUGGUUACAAGUGAUGAUGAUGUAUGUGUUCUAACUUCUAAGGUUUAGUUGUUUGUCAUUUGAACUGGUUUUUUAAUUGAGGUAUUGGGAUAUAAUUAAAGAGUUUAUUUCUUUCA